AUGGAGGAUUUCAUAGACAAGUUGCCGCAGAUGGAUCUGAUGCGGUCGGAGAAGAUGACGCUCGUCCAGCUAAUCAUCCCCGUCGAGUCCUCUCACCGUUGCAUCACUUAUCUCGGCGAACUCGGCCUCUUGCAGUUCCGCGACCUGAAUGCAGAUAAAAGUCCCUUUCAGCGAACAUUUGCUAAUCAGGUAAAACGAUGUGGGGAGAUGUCAAGGAAGCUGCGUUUUUUCAAAGAUCAAAUUGAUAAAGCUGGUCUAAGAUGUUCACCACGCCAUGAAUUAGAACCGGACUUUGAGCUUGGACAUUUAGAGAGACAACUUGCUGAUCACGAGCAUGAGGUACUGGAAAUGAAUUCGAACAGUGAAAAGCUUCGCCAGACUUAUAACGAACUUCUUGAAUUCAAGAUAGUUCUUCAAAAUGCAAGUGGUUUCCUUGUCUCAAGUAAUGCUCAUGCAAUUGGAGAUGAAACAGAGCUACAUGAAAGCACCUAUUCAAAUAACGGCUUUAUUGAGUCUUCCUCUUUACUAGAGCAGGAAAUGAGGCCUGAACCCUUAAAUCAAUCAGGAUUGAGAUUUAUAAGUGGAAUCAUUAACAAAGAUAAACUUCUGAGGUUCGAGAGAAUGUUGUUUCGUGCAACAAGAGGCAAUAUGCUUUUCAACCAAACACCCUCUGAUGAGGAGAUCAUGGACCCUUUAACAUCAGAAAUGGUGGAGAAAAUUGUAUUUGUGGUGUUCUUUUCUGGGGAGCAAGCAAGGACAAAAAUCUUGAAAAUAUGUGAAGCGUUUGGUGCAAAUUGCUAUCCUGUCCCCGAGGAUACAACAAAACAAAGGCAACUUACACGAGAAGUUUUAUCCCGACUCUCUGAUCUGGAAGCAACUCUAGAUGCUGGAACUCGCCAUCGGAAUAAUGCCCUUAGUUCUGUUGGUUAUAGCUUGACUAAAUGGAUUACCAUGGUUCGGAGGGAAAAAGCGGUUUAUGAUACUCUGAAUAUGCUAAAUUUUGAUGUAACCAAGAAAUGCCUUGUCGGCGAAGGUUGGUGCCCCACAUUUGCUAAGACCCAGAUUCAUGAGGUCCUUCAACGAGCCACUUUCGACAGCAAUUCACAAGUUGGCGUUAUAUUUCAUGUAAUGCAAGCAGUAGAGUCACCUCCCACUUAUUUCAGAACGAACAAACUUACAAAUGCGUUCCAGGAGAUUAUUGAUGCUUACGGUGUUGCAAGAUAUCAGGAAGCAAACCCUGCAGUGUAUUCAGUUGUCACAUAUCCCUUUCUGUUUGCUGUCAUGUUUGGGGAUUGGGGUCAUGGUCUUUGCUUGCUGCUAGGAGCGUUGUAUCUUCUUGCUCGUGAAAGAAAGCUUAGUACGCAGAAACUUGGAAGCUUUAUGGAGAUGCUCUUUGGAGGCCGCUAUGUAAUAUUCCUAAUGGCACUUUUUUCAAUAUACUGUGGGCUUAUCUACAAUGAGUUCUUCUCUGUUCCUUUCCACAUCUUUGGUAGCUCAGCUUACAAGUGCAGAGAUACUACUUGUAGCGAUGCUUACACGGUUGGUUUAAUCAAGUACCGUGAUCCAUACCCUUUUGGCGUAGAUCCUAGCUGGCGUGGAAGUCGUACAGAACUGCCAUACCUAAACUCUCUUAAGAUGAAGAUGUCUAUUCUCCUGGGAAUUUCUCAGAUGAAUCUUGGACUAAUUUUAAGCUUCUUCAACGCUCGCUUCUUCGGCUCUUCAUUGGACAUAAAGUAUCAGUUUAUACCACAGAUGAUAUUCCUGAACAGCCUGUUCGGUUACCUUUCGCUACUCAUCAUCAUCAAGUGGUGCACUGGAUCUCAAGCAGACUUGUAUCACGUCAUGAUCUACAUGUUUCUGAGUCCCACUGAAGAACUUGGUGAAAAUGAGUUAUUCUGGGGCCAGCGUCCGCUUCAGAUUGUGUUAUUGCUUAUGGCCUUCAUUGCUGUUCCAUGGAUGCUUUUUCCAAAACCCUUUGCCCUCAGGAAAAUUCACAUGGAGAGGUUUCAAGGCCGCACUUACGGCGUUCUUGUUACUUCUGAGGUGGAUCUCGAUGUAGAAGAACCAGACUCGGCAAGAGCCCAUGGCCAUCAGGAAGAAGAUUUUAACUUCAGCGAGAUUUUUGUACAUCAGUUGAUUCACUCCAUAGAGUUUGUUCUAGGUUCAGUUUCUAACACAGCGUCUUACCUUCGUCUUUGGGCUCUUAGUUUGGCUCAUUCGGAAUUGUCGACGGUUUUCUACGAGAAAGUUCUUCUUCUUGCCUGGGGGUAUGAGAACAUUUUGAUCCGGUUAAUCGGAGUAGCGGUGUUUGCGUUUGCGACUGCGUUUAUACUUCUGAUGAUGGAAACGCUAAGCGCGUUUUUACACGCUCUGCGUCUUCACUGGGUUGAGUUCAUGGGGAAGUUCUUCCAUGGAGAUGGUUACAAGUUCAAGCCUUUCUCAUUUGCUUUAAUCUCAGAUGACGAUGAAUAA